AGGCACAAUAGGUGUUUUCGCCCAAAAAGAUCAGAGCAUCUGCAAGUGUGCCUCAUCGCUGCUCAAGCUCAAGCAAGCAUCAUCCAUGGACUCCGAUUCAGAUUCCGAUGCUUCUCACAUCUCCGCCACCCCUCCCAGAGAUCCUCCUCCUCCGCCGCCGCCUACUCUUCUCUCCUCCGCCAAAUUCAGAAUCAAGACCACCGCCAUCUCCGCCUCCUCCCGCUCAACCUCCAUUUCAAAACCCGAACCCCCUUCCAAGCCGAAACCCUCAAAACCUACCUCCAGAUCCUCUCAUCAAAACAAUCCUCCUCCUAAUCCAUCUCCUUUACCCGCUUUACCCUUUCAAAUUCGCCGUUCCUCCGACCAGUAUCGCGCCGGUUCCGUCGACCACUCGACGAUCGAAACCCUGCCCGCCGGUUACUUCUCCAAGUUCGCAUCUUUCUCAAAGCUCCGAAGACCGUGCCCUCUUCCGGAUUCUAUCGAAAGUGAUACCACUGUUCCUGCUGUACCCAUCCCUGACUGCGAGAUCAAGGCUAGAGAGAACAGUAAUAUUGUCUCUGCCGAUCUGGAUCCGGAAGGACUCAGGGGCGAAUCUGUUUGUACUGGAAAUUCGGGGAAAGUUGCAAGGAAGCAUCCUAAUUUGAUUGGAGGCAAUGUUCCAUUGAUGCCCGCUAAACGGCCAAAGUGUGUUAGAGAAGGGAACUUUGUAAAGCUAAACAUGAACGGUUCUAAACGCAAGUUUGCGAACAAGGGCAGAAGAAAGAAUUCUAGUUUUUCGGGAGGCCGGAGAAUUUACAGAAGAAAUAAGAGGAAAACGAAUGCUGAAGUUGAUGACCAGACUCAAAAUGGUAUCUGUGAAGAAGAUGGUCUGGUUUUGCAGACGCCUGAGUGGGAUGCGCGCAGAAAAUUAGCAUUUGAUGUUGAAUUGAUUGAAGAUUCUGUUUUGGCUGUUCGAAACGAAGCGUCGGAAGAGAACUUGGUGAAGUUGCUGAAGCUCACGCACGGGUACAAUACGUUCCGGGAAGGGCAAUUGGAGGCGAUCAAGAUGGUGAUUUCUGGGAAUUCGACCAUGCUGGUUUUGCCGACGGGUGCGGGUAAAUCGUUGUGCUAUCAGUUGCCUGCGAUGGUUUUGGAAGGAAUAACGCUUGUUGUGAGUCCGCUGGUGGCAUUGAUGAUUGAUCAGCUGAAACACCUCCCGUCGAUGAUUCCUGGGGGUCUUCUGUCUAGCAGUCAGACUGCUGAAGAAGUUGCAGAAACACUGAGGCUGCUUCGAGAAGGAACCAUAAAGGUGCUCUUUGUAUCGCCAGAGAGAUUUUUAAAUGCUGAGUUUUUGUUGUUAUUUUCAAGUUCUAUACAUGUAUCACUUGUAGUGGUUGAUGAAGCUCACUGCCUUUCAGAAUGGUCACAUAAUUUCCGGCCUUCGUAUAUGAGGCUCAGGGCAUCUAUGCUCCGGGCUAGGCUUAAUGCUGAAUGUGUUCUUGCUAUGACUGCAACUGCAACAAGCAGAACUUUGCAGGCUGUCAUGUCUGCUCUUGAGAUCCCCCCAACCAAUCUUAUCCUGAGAACUCAACCAAGGGACAAUCAGCAGUUGUCAGUAUCGAUGAGUGCAAACAGAAUGAAGGAUCUGCUAAUGUUGAUCAAGUCUUCUCCCUUCACUGACCUUAGGAGCAUUAUCAUUUACUGCAAAUUCCAGUCUGAAACUGAAGUAAUAAGCAAGUACUUGUGCGAUAAUAACAUAUCUGCAAAGUGUUAUCACAGUGGUAUCCCUGCAAAGGAUCGGAGUCGUAGACAGGAAUUGUUUUGCUCCAACAAGAUAAGAGUGGUUGUUGCAACUGUGGCAUUUGGCAUGGGGCUCGAUAAGAGGGAUGUCGAAGCUGUUAUCCAUUACAGCUUGCCGGAAAGCUUGGAAGAGUAUGUUCAGGAAAUUGGACGAGCUGGGCGGGAUGGGAGGUUAUCUUAUUGUCAUCUCCUUUUCGAUGACAUCACAUAUUUCAAGCUUCGUAGUCUUGUGCACAGUAAUGGUGUAGAUGAAUAUGCUGUAAAUAAAUUCCUAUGUCAAGUUUUUAGCAACGACACGGAUUCAUGUGGGAAAAUUUGUUCCUUGGUUAAAGAAUCAGCAUCUCGCAAAUUUGAUAUUAAAGAAGAGGUGAUGCUUACACUUUUGACAUGCUUGGAGUUGGGUGAAGUGCAAUACUUGCGUCUACUUCCGCAGCUAAAUGUAACUUGCACUUUGAAUUUCCACAAGACUCCACCAACGUUGCUUGCUGGCAAGGAUACUAUUGUUGCGGCAAUUCUGAAGGAGUCUGAAACAAAGCAAGGGCAAUAUGUGUUUGACAUGCCCUCUGUGGCAAAUGGCAUUGGGUUUACAGCUUCAGACAUAUUAAAUCAAUUGCAGAACCUAAAGUUGAAGGGAGAAAUUACAUAUGAGUUGAAGGAUCCGGCCUACUGUUAUACAAUUGUCAAGGUUCCAGGGGACUUCUGUUCUCUUGCUGCCCAUCUCACAAAAUGGUUUUCAGAGGUCGAAAGUUGUCAGGUGCGUAAAUUAGAUGCAAUGUUCAGUGCUGCAUCAUUUUCUGCCAAAGUAUGUGAGAAGAAGCAUGGUUGCCAUGGUGCCCAGCAUACAGCAUGCUUGCAAAGAAAUAUUCUGGAUUACUUCGGUGGUGAUAAUGGUUUAGAUGUCGCUCACAGGAUGACUCAAAGCAGCCCCUUUUUGCGAGCGGAUAUAAAGGUAUUUCUGCAGAGUAAUUCUCAGGCUAAAUUCACACCAAGAGCUGUCGCAAGGAUAAUGCAUGGCAUUGCCAGCCCAGCCUAUCCUUCUGCAACAUGGUCUAGAACUCAUUUCUGGGGAAGAUACACACACAUAGACUUUCAAAUGGUAAUGGAAGCGGCAAAGGCAGAGCUCAUGAAUUUUGUCGGGAAGGAUGUGCUGUAGCCAUUAAAUUUGUGGCGUAAUGCCUUCUGUUCUGUAGGGUAUGUAUGCAAAAUGUAAAAGCAUUACAUGGAGAAGCUGCUUCAAGCGGCUGUCUCCUUUUUAUUGAUUUACUAAAAAGAAUCAUCACAGCGUAACGUAUCUACCAUGAGGAACAUUUGUCUUGAUGCACAAGCGCAUACCAGGUAUUACAAAAUUAUGCCUGUCAUCUCCAUGAAAACUUCGUUUUAGCUGUUCUUUCGUCAGCAAAGAGCAUGGUCUGUUGCCAUUGGAAGUUGCUUCAUCAGCUGCUUCCCUGCUUUCUUUAGUCUCUGCAUCCAGUCAUGCUACAGGCCUGUUCUAUUUAAAGAGGAUCAAGCAGAGAGAGAGAGAGAGCUUGAUUGUAUGAUUAUUCAGUUCAGUUAAAAAAAAAAUAAAGGUUGUAUUUGGAUGAGGGAUUGUGUGAAAGAAAAUGGAAGUAAAAAAAAAAAAAAGAAUCAAUUUCUAUUA